AUGGCUGCUUCUUCUUCUUCCAGUUCUUCCUGGACUUACGAUGUGUACUUGAGUUUUAGAGGCCAAGACACUCGUCACGGUUUCACUACUCAUCUUUAUAACGCUCUGAAACAGAGAGGAAUCCAUGUUUACGUGGACGAUGCGGAGGUUGAGAAGGGAGAUGAUAUCUCUGCUGAAUCAUUUUUGCAGGCAAUUGAAGCAUCACAAAUUGUGUUAGUAAUUUUCUCUCCAAAUUAUGCUUAUUCGCGAAAUUGUCUGGAUGAACUGGUAAAGAUAAUGGAGUGUCAAAGAAGGCUAGCUCAGGUGGUUGUGCCCAUAUUCUAUAAAGUAGAUCCGUUUGAUGUUCGUUAUCUGCAAGGCACAUAUGGUGAAGCAAUGAAACGACACGAGCUAAGGUUGGAAUCGGGGAAUGACAAGGCGUUGCGGUGGAGCGAGGCACUCCGGGAAAUUGCCAGCGUUUCCGGCUUUCAUUUAACAACACAUCGGAAGGAGAAGGAAGUUGAGAUUUCAAAGCUGCUGAUGGAAGAUAUGGGUUUGGCUGGGUUCUUUUCUCUGAAAAUUUUGAAGAUGAAUGGGCUGAAUCUCUUGUUUGAUAUGAGUCUAGGGAAGAUGGAAGAUGCACAUAGCUACUGGUCUGAAAGUGAGCUGCUUAAGAAAAUAGUUGAGGAAGUUUCAAGAGUAUUAUCAUUGGCUGAGGAGCAUUCAAUGAGAAUAGAGCCACAAGUUCAUGAAGCAAAAGUUGAUGAAUGGUUCAAUUUUGACGUUUUCUUGAGUUUUAGAGGUGAAGACACUCGCCACGGUUUCACUUCUCAUCUUUGUAGGGCUCUAAGACAGUCAGGAAUCCACACUUUCAUGGAUGAUUCAGGGCUUGAAUGGGGAGAACAGGUCUCCGCCUCAUUACUGCAAGCAAUUGAAAGGUCACAAACUGCAUUGGUAAUAUUUUCUCCAGAUUAUGCUGCUUCCACGUGGUGUCUGGAUGAACUGGUGAAGAUAAUGGAGUGUCGAACAAGUCUAGCUCAGGUGGCUAUUCCCAUAUUUUAUGAUGUAGAUCCCUCUGAAGUCCGUCACCAGAGAGGCACCUAUGGUGAAGCAAUGAAACGACAUGAGCAAACGUUGGGAAGUGAGAAUGAUGGGGUGAUGCGGUGGAGGGAGGCACUCAAGGCAGCUGCCAACAUUUCCGGCUUUAGUUCUUCAGCUUAUCGGUUUGAAAGUGAGUUGAUUGAGACCAUUGUUGAGAGUGUUUCUAAAAAAGUAGACAAUGGACAAUUAUUUGUUGCCAAGCAUCCAGUGGGAAUAGAAUCACGGAUUCAUGAAUUGACAAUUGAAUGGUCAGGAAAGAGAUCCCAAAAGCCUCUUAUCAUAGGCCUCUGGGGGAUGGGAGGCAUCGGCAAAACAACUGUUGCCAAAGCCGUCUACAAUACAAUUGGUCGUAAGUUUAGAAGAGCAAGAAGUUUUCUUGCAAAUAUAAGAGAAAAUUCAAAACAUGCUACUGGGUUAGUUAAUUUGCAAAAGCAAUUAAUUUCUGAUAUCAUAAAGAUAGAUUUUUUCAAAAUACCUAAUAUUGAUAGAGGAAAAAAAAUAAUUCAGGAAAGAUUUCCCACCAUAAAAGUGCUUGUUGUAUUGGAUGAUGUGGAUAGUGUUAAUCAACUAAACACAUUCUGUGGGAGUAUUGAAUGGUUUUGUCCUGGGAGUAUAAUAUUCAUAACAACUAGAGAUCAACAUUUGCUUGAUGUCAUUAAUGCUGAUCAUAAGUAUAGAAUGAGAGAAAUGAAUGGAAUGGAGCCCCUUGUGCUUUUCAGUUGGCAUGCCUUUAAGCAAGCACAACCCUCUGAAAACUUCAUAGAAUUAUCUAAAGAGGUAGUUGCUUAUUGUGAUGGACUUCCACUUGCUCUUGAAGUCCUUGGUUCUUGUUUGCGUGGGAGAACAAUUAAACAAUGGAAGGGUGUAUUGUCCAAACUACAGAGGAUUCCUAAUAAAGAUGUAUACGAAAGGUUAAAAAUAAGUUAUGACGGAUUGGAUGACCAUACAGAGAAGGACAUUUUCCUUGACAUAUGUUGCUUUUUUAUCAACAAGGAUAGGAACUAUGUCACACAAAUAUUAGAUGGUUGUGAAUUUUAUGCAGAAGAUGGACUACAAAUCCUCAUAGAGCGGAGCCUAGUAAAAGUUGGUAGGAAUAAUAAACUUGAAAUGCACGAUUUAUUACAAGAAAUGGGGAAAGAAAUCAUUCGUGGAAGCCCACCGAAACAUCCUAAGGAACGUAGCAGGCUAUGGUUUCACAAAGAUGUGCUUGAUGUGUUAACAAAACAUUCGGGAACUGAAGCUAUUAAGGGUAUAUCUCUGAAAGCACCAGAAACCCAUAGAGAGCGUGUCAUUGAUUCUGAGGCGUUUAAGGAGAUGAAGAAACUUAGAUUGCUUCAACUAGAUUAUGUAAAUCUUAAAGGAGAUUAUCAACAUCUUUCUAAAGAGCUCAGGUGGCUUUGUUGGCAUAGAUUUCCAUUAAAAUGCAUUCCAAAAAACUUUUACCAACAAAAUUUAGUUGCUAUUGACUUCAAAUAUAGCAGCCUCAAAGUUGUUUGGAAGAAGCCCCAGCUCCUGGAUAUGUUGAAGACACUCAAUCUCAGUCAUUCGUCUUAUUUGACACAAACUCCUGAUUUUACAAAACUACCAAACCUUGAAAGACUACUGAUGAAAGAUUGUCCAAGCUUGAUUUAUAUUCAUGAGAGCAUUGGGCACCCAAAAAAUCUUCUUCAUGUAAAUCUAAAAGAUUGCAAAAGUCUCAGAUAUCUUCCUAGAAACAUCUACAAGUUGAAAUCUGUCAAAACUCUUAUUCUUUCUGGUUGUUCAUUGAUUGACCAUUUAGAAGAAGAUAUUGAGCAGAUGGAGUCCUUGACAACUCUGAUGGCAGAUAAAACUGCCAUAACACAAGUACCCUUUUCAUUAGCAAGACUGGAAGGGCUUAAGCACGGAUACAUAUCUUUCCUUGGUCAUGAAGGAAGAGCAAAAGACAUAUUUCCUUCUCUCAUAUGGACUUGGAUGUCACCUAACAAUAUUGCCCACUCUCCUAUUGAAGAAUUUGUGCAAAGCAUAUCAGCCAUCGAUAUCUCAGUUAGACGGAAUAGUAGCUUUUGUGGCCUAUCUCCAUUUCUGGGCGAUCUUGUGAAGCUGCGACAUAUGUGGGAGGAAUGUCGACCUCAGUUUCGAUUUUAUGAAAGAAUGGCAAGACUUUUGGAUGCCUUGUAUGAGACAAAUUUUGUGGGAUUGGAAGCAACUCAAGAUAUACCCCAGAUCUCAUAUGCGGAAGCUUCUGCAUCAUCUGAGGCCCAUGACCAACUUCAGAUUUCAAGGCCAGCAGAUUCCUUGAAAUCUCUUUUACUUCAACUUGGAGUGUUAGACAAGAUAGACUUGUUCAGAGAGGAAAUUUCUCAGGGAUGGAAUUAUGGUGGGUGGGAUGAUUUUCACCUACCUGGUGAUCAGUAUCGCGAUUGGUUCAUCUUUAAGGGUGAAGGACGCUCAGUAAUUUUUAAGGUACCUCAAGUCAUAGGUUAUCGCUUGAAAGCGAUGCUUCUCAACGUCAGGUAUUCUUCUUGCACGGACACCACAACGCCUCAAUUUCUCAUGGAUGUUCUAAUCAUUAACCUCACAAAAGCAACAGUAAAACAUCUUAAGGGAGACUCGUCAACUUUUCAUGAAGAUGCCGAGUGGCAGAAUAUCAUUUCAAGUUUUCAACCUGGUGAUCUGGUGGAGCUUGUUUUAAGUAUUGGACCUCAAUAUCCUGUGAAGAAGAUUGCAGCAUACCUGAUUUAUGACGGUUCUAAGCCUCGCAGGUUUUUGAAAUCAUCAUUAUCGCAAAAGCUGAUUUGGGUUUGUCGUAUAGCGCCGGUACUUCUGAUAUGUGCUGCAAUUUUUAGAAAGGGAAAAUGA